AUGGAGUACUAUGUGGACCUCGAAUCGAUUUGUCGGGCACUCUUUGACCUGGCCCUUAAACACUCGGAGCACUGGCAGGAAUCGUUAAAACGAGGAGAACUUGACGAGUCCGUUUCCCUUUAUCGCAUUGCCGUCUCGUUAUACUCUGAAAGGCAUCCAAAUCUCGGCAAUGCACUGAACAACCUUGCAACUGUUCUUACUGUACGAUUCGUGCUAUACGAGCACAUAGAAGAUCUGGAGGAAGCAAUUGAUCGUUGUCAUGCUGCCCUGGAACUUUACCCCGACGGCCAUCCCGAUCGUUCCGGGCCCCAUUCUCUCCUUGCGAAUGCUCUUCAAACUCGAUUUAAAAAGCAAGGACAGGCUGCUGAUCUCGAUGAGGCCAUCAGCCAUCAUCGUGCUGCUCUCGAGCUUCACCCCGACGGCCAUUCCAAACGUUCGACAUCUCUUAGUAAACUCGCAAGCGCCCUUGAGACUCGAUUUCGACAGCAAGGACAGACCGCAGAUCUUGAUGAGGCUAUCAGCCACCAUCGCGUUGCCCUCGAGCUUCACCCCGACGACCAUCCAGAUCGUUUCAAGUCUCUCAAUAACCUUGCGAGCACCCUUGAGACUCGAUUUCAACAGCAAGGACAGACCGCAGAUCUUGAUGAGGCUAUCAGCCAUCAUCGUGUUGCACUCGAACUUUGCCCCUGCGGCCAUUCCAAACGUUCGACAUCUCUUAAUAACCUUGCAAACGCCCUUAUAACUCGAUUUCAUCAGCAUGGCCAGACAGCAGAUGUUGAUGAGGCCAUCAAUUAUCAUCGUAAUGCUCUCGAGCUUCACCCCGACGGCCAUCCAGGUCGUUUCGUGUCUCUCAAUAACCUGGCAAGUGCCCUUGAGACUCGAUUUCGACAGCAAGGACAGACUGUAGAUCUUGAUGAAGUCAUCAGCCAUCAUCGCGCUGCUUUCGAGCUUCUCACCGACGGCCAUCCUCAUUCUUCCGCGUCUCUUAAUAACCUUGCAAUGGCCCUUCAAGUUCGAUUCGAUCAGCACGGAGAGACUGCCGACCUUGAUGAGGCCAUCAUGAAGCAUCGUGGUGCUCUUGAGCUUCGUCCCGAUGGUCAUCCCAAACGUUCCACAUCGCUUAAUAACCUUGCAAUGACCCUUCAGACUCGAUUUGAUCAGUAUGGACAAACUGCCGACCUUGACGAGGCAAUCAGGCAUCACCAUGCUGCUCUUGAGCUUCGCCCCAAUGGCCAUCCUGAUCGUUCCAUGUCUCUUAAUAACCUUGCGAGUGCUCUUCAAACUCGAUUCAAUCAGCAUGGACAGGCUGCAGAUCUUGAUGAGGCUAUCAGGCAUCAUCAUGCUACUCUCAAGCUUCGCCCCAAUGGCCAUCCCAAUCGUUUCAUGUCACUCGUUAACCUUGCGAGUGCUCUCCAAACUCGAUUUGGACAAUAUGGUCAGGAUUCAGAUCUUGAUGAGGCCAUCAACCAUCAUCGUGCUGCUCUCAAGCUUCAUUCCAACAGCCAUCCCAAUCAUUCCAUGUCUCUUAAUAACCUUGCAAACGCUCUUCAAACUCGCUUUGAACAGCACGGACAGACUACAGAUCUUGAUGAGGCUAUCCGUCACCAUCAUGCUGCUCUCGAGCUUCGCCCCAACAGCCAUCCUGAUCGUUUCAUGUCUCUUAAUAAUCUUGCAAAUGCACUUCAGAAUCGAUUUCGUCAGCAAGGACAGACUGCAGACCUUGACGAGGCUAUCAGACAUUGUCGUGAUGCUCUCAAGUUUUGCCCUAAUAGCCAUCCCAGCCAUUUCAUGUCUCUUAAUAACCUUGCAACUGCCCUUCAAAGUCGAUUUCUACAGCAAGGACAGACUACAGACAUUGAUGAGGCCAUCAGCCACCAUCGUGCUGCUCUCGAGCUUCAUCCUGACAGUCAUCCCAGUCGUCCCAUCUUCCUAAGUACCCUUGCAAGCGCUCUUCAAAAUCGUUUCAAACAAUGUGGGCAGACUGCAGACCUCGAUGAGGCCAUCAGCCACCAUCGUGCCGCUCUCGAGCUUCGCCCCGACGGCAAUCCCCAUCGUUCCACAUCUCUUAGUAGCCUUGCGAGUGCCCUUAAUGCUCGAUUCAGUCAGCAUGGCCAGACAGCGGACCUUGAUGAGGCCAUCGGGCAUCAUCGUGCUGCUCUCGAGCUUCGCCACAACACACAUCCUGAUCGUGCCAUGUCUCUUAAUGACCUUGCAACCACGCUUCAGAAUCGAUUUCGACAGUAUGGACAGACUGCAGACCUUGAUGAGGCUAUCAGCCAUCACCGUGCUGCUCUUAAGCUUCGUCCCGACACUCAUCCUGAUCAUUCUAUGUCUCUUGUUAACCUUGCGAGUGACCUUGUUGCUCGAUUCGAUCAACAUGGCCAGACUGCAGACCUUGACGAGGUAAUCGUGUAUUACCGUGCUGCUUUCGAGCUUCUCCCCAAUGGCCAUCCUAAUUCUUCCACGUCUCUUAAUAACCUUGCAGAAGGCCAUCCUGAUCAUUCUAUUGUCCUGAGGAAUUUAGGCCUGUCAUUAUUCUCGCGAUUCAAGAAGUUCGGACUCAUGGACAAUUUCGAGGAGUGUAUGCAAUUGCUCGAGCGUGCUACUAUGCAUACAUUUUCGAGCUCGGUGAUACGUCUCAAGACCGCCAAUCAAUGGACCGAGCUUGCGCGACGUCAUUCGCACCAUACUACGUCCAAGGCUUACAGGGUAGCAAUGUUGCUUCUACAACGUGCUCUCAUUGUCAGUCCCACUCUUCAUGCACAACACGACUUCCUUGGCCAGAGAGACUACUACGGGACGCUCACAUGCAAUGCAGCAGCGUAUGCUGUGGAAGGGAAUAGGCUCGAAGAAGCUAUAGAAAUUCUUGAGCAAGGGAGGGGAUUACUCUGGGCGCAGAUGCGUGGUUUAAGAUCGCCUUUAGAUCGCCUUGCGGAAACAAAUAGACAGCUUGCUGACAGGUUCAGGGAUGUUAGUCGCCAAUUGGAAAACCUUGCAACGUCAUCCAUUGCGCUGCAUUCUGAUUCAAGCAGGCUGAUGCUGAAGAGGCAACUCUCCUACGAACAAGAGGAGACCAUCAACGAAAUACGGCGAAUUCCUGGGUUUGAUAACUUUCUUGCGGCAACACCGUUUAAGUUGCUCCGGCAAGCCGCUUCAGAGGGUCCGGUGAUUGUGAUCAACCAUUGCAGUUAUCGAUGCGAUGUGCUCAUCAUUCUCCCCCGUGAAGACCAGUCAGUAGCCUGUAUUGCUUUAGAUGGGAAAUUCUACAAGGACAGCAUUACUCUGUGCAGCGAGUUCGUAGGAACUCGCCUAAAGUAUGGAGCUAACUCAACAGAAUAUGACCAGAUACUCCGCCGAACGAUGAAGAUGUCGUGGGAUAGGGUUGUCUCCAAGGUCGUCGACAAACUAAUCGAGCUUGGGAUUUCCGAAGGAUCGCGCGUUUGGUGGUGCCCUACGUCUAUACUAUCUUCCCUUCCCUUCCAUGCUGCAGGUCCGUUCGAGGAUACAGACGACACCACGAAGUACCUAUUGGACAAGUACAUCUCGUCGUAUACACCGACACUUGGGGCACUCGUCGAUGCACAAUCGCCAUUUAGAAGCAGAGAAGAAUCAAUUGCUCUUGUUAUUAGGGAUACUUCACUUCCAUCGGCUAGGGAAGAAGUGCGCAAGAUAAAGAAUUGUGGCAUACAGACCAAAUUGCUUAACAGCAAGGCAUCUCAUGAUACCAUGAUAAAAGAACUUCGAGAAAGUACAUGGGUACAUUUUGUCUGCCAUGGAGGCUUAGAUUCAAAGCCUUUCAAUUCGGCUUUCAAGGUGUCCGACCGCGGGUUGACUUUACUCGACAUUGUCCAAGCAAAUCUUCCGAAUGCCGAGUUCGCAUUUCUUUCUGCUUGCCAUACUGCUGAACAGCCUCCCGAUGUCGCAUUUGAUGAAGUGCUUCACCUGGCCGCAGCAAUGCAGUUCUCCGGGUUUCGAAGCGUGAUUGGGUCGAUGUGGGAGUUACUCGAUACAGAUGGGCCAUUUUUCGCCAAGACGGUGUACGAGUACAUGUGCAACUGCGACGAGGGCGAGGAGAAAUACAAGCGUGCGGCUGCUGGACUUCGUAAAGCAGCUAUAGAACUCAAAGAACGGGCUGACAUUCGGGCUGAGAGAUGGGUCAACUUGAUUCACAUAGGCGCUUGA